AUGGAUGUAGAUACGCCAGUUGCAAAUACGUCAGCCGCUCGGGCGGCAACCAGUGUGCCACGCAACGGGCCUGCACCAGCGCCCCGAACGGUAGUUGCAACAGCACCGGCUGCUGCUCCGGCAACCACGCCAGCAACUGCACCGGCAACAACGCCGGUACCUGUACCGGUAACCGCGCCUGCAGCGGUAUCUGCACCCGCGUCUCGUGGUGGCACCCGACCACCACCGAUCACAUCGAGGACUUCGGAGAUCCGUCAGAUAAGGCCGCAUCACACGCUGCUACAUCGCAGCGCGGCACGCGAGGUGAAUCGGCUACCCAUCCAGCGCGGCCGCAUACCCCGCUCCCAAUCCGCAACUCGUGGCGCAUCCCAUCGACGCGGAACCUCUUUUCGGCAUCGACAGCCUGGGCCACCACCUCGUCGGUCUACUGGGCUGAGCAGCGUUGUGGCUACGCUGCAACAGCUGCAGCGCCGUUUAGGCUAA